AUGGAAGAAUACAUCAGAUACCUGCACGAUUGGCUAGGACCGCUACACCCAGCAAGCCCCGAAAAGCUCGAAACAUCACCCACACAGAUAAUGCUAGACCCUCAAUCACCUCAAUGGCACAUCAUUCAAACCUUCCGCGAUGUCUUGGAAUCAAACUGUGAGCCUCGACGUGCCGCAGAACGUCUAGCAGAUAUCGUCCGGUGGACAACAGAUAUCCCUACAUGUUACAACAACAUGUGGGGUUGCUUUUUCAAAGCUGCAGAGCACUUUUCAGACAUGGAGACACUGUCGAAACUGACAGAUUUACUCGCUUGUCUGGCAAGUCUACCCGGAUCCAUCAACACAAUCAGAGAUCCCGAUGAUCCGAGCAAGAAACCUAUAAUCAUCGAUGACGAAACCGACGUCGAAAUCUUCUGGAAAGACCUCCCCGAGUUCUCUAUGAAUCUUACAGAGAGAAUGCAAGGACCAGAAGCCUACCUUGCCUUCAACGCCACCCCUGAAGACGCAAAACGCAAAUGGACAAAUAUGAAUACCUUUGUCGCACUCCUCGUUCGCAACCACGGAUCAGCUUUCCCGAAUCAGUUCGGCGGCCUGGUAGUUUUUGCUUUUUGGACCUUUGCAGCUUCGCUCGAACAACCACCUGACUCAAGGUUUGGGAAAAACAUGCCCCUUCGUUUGCCUGCGUGUUGCAGGUGGAUCCUGUUGGUCAGGGACGUGGCAAGGGAAAAGAUGGACCAAGGGUAUCGAGGAAAGCCCUGGACGGCAUCGGUGGGAGAGCUUUGGGGUGAUCCAGCUGAGGUGAGAGAGGUGAAUGAAGCGAGGUGGGCGUUUUGGAAGUCGAGGUUUGCGGCUUUUAGUGAGGACUCACGGUUGGAUGCUGAGAUGGCUGAUACAGCUUUGCAGGUAUCGAAGUUGAUGUGA